GAAGCCAUCUACUCUAUCUCUCUUUCACCCUGCGCUCAUCUCUUGGAAAAAGAUCGCCAGCAUGUCUAUCAGAAGCUACUCCUCUCAGAAGAUUGCCAGUUCGGGCUCCUCAUCUGGCAUGGGCGGCCAGGUGUUUGCCCGACGUGCACAUAGUGUGUAUGGAGGUGCAGGUGGCUCUGAUGCCCGUAUGUCCUAUUCCAUGUCUAGCGGUGGUGGUGGUGGUGGUGGUGGUGGCUUUGGAAGUGGUCUAUCCCUGGGGGGUGGUGGUGCUGGUUUUGGCGGCGGUGCUGGUUUUGGCGGCGGUGCUGGUUUUGGCGGCGGUGCUGGUUUUGGCGGCGGUGCUGGUUUUGGUGGCGGUGCUGGUUUCGGUGGCGGCGGAGAUGUUGGUCUCUCCCUCAAUGAGAAGGCCACCAUGAUAAACCUCAAUGACCGUCUGGCCAUCUACCUGGAGAAAGUGCGCACCCUGGAGGCCUCCAACGCCACCCUGGAAAAGCAGAUCCGCGAGUGGAGCCAGAACCGCGCAGUUAUCACCCAUGACUACAGUGCCUACUGGAAGACCAUUGCUGACCUCCGGGACAAGAUUGGUGUAGCAAACAUGACCAAUGCCAGGAUUAUUCUCCAGAUAGACAAUGCCAAAUUGGCAGCCGAUGAUUUUAGAGUCAAGUACGAGAACGAGCUGGCAAUGAGGCAGUCUGUCGAGGCUGACAUCGCCGGACUGAGGAGGCUAUUGGACGAGCUGACUCUGGCCAGAUCCUCCCUGGAGAUGGAGAUCGAGGGUCUGAAGGAGGAGCUGAUCUACCUCAAGAAGAACCACGAGGAGGAGCUCCUGGCCUUGCGUUCUCAAGUGGGUGGCUCGGUCAAUGUGGAGGUGGACGCUGCCCCACAGCAGGACCUGUCCAGAGUCCUGGAUGAAAUGAGAGCGCAGUACGAAGGGAUCGCCGAAAAGAACCGCCGAGAUGUGGAGGCUUGGUACAAGGACAAGUUCGACGACCUGAACAAGCAAGUGGCCACGAGCACAGAAGUUCUCCAGACAUCCAAGAGCGAGAUCUCAGAACUGAGGAGGACCCUCCAGGGACUGGAGAUUGAACUGCAGUCUCAGCUCAGCAUGAAAUCUGCGCUGGAAGGCACUUUGGCAGAGACAGAGGGCCGCUACGGGGCAAAGCUGAGCCAUCUGCAAACAAUCAUCGACAGGCUGCAGACUGAACUGAUGCAGGUCCGAAUGGACAUGGAGCGCCAGGGCAACGAGUACAAGAUGCUGCUGGACAUCAAGACCCGUCUGGAGAUGGAGAUCGCGGAGUACAGGCGCCUGCUGGACGGAGAGGAUUCUGGGAAAGGCUACAAUUCGCAAUCUUCUCAAAAGGUUGUGGUGCAAAAAGUGGAGGAAGUGAAAGCCAAAGCACCUGUUGUUACCAAGACCAGGAUGGUAAAGACCAUGAUUGUGGAGGAGGUUGAUGGUGUGGUGGUCAAUACCAGGGAGGAGAUGGUUGAGGAGCCCAUGUGAACAGCACCUCCCCAGGCAAGAAGAAGAGCAACGCAGGGCAACAACUGGUGGAAGCAAAAAAAACCUUUCUCUUUUCUGUUAAUUUGAUACACUGAAAUAAAUCAAAUAAUAAAUCAAAUAAACUAAAUGAAUCUUCCUGAGUAUUGUACUGAAUACAUUGCAUGCCUAUAUUUUGGUUGUCCUCUUCUGAAAAUAAUAAAUAAAUGGCUCUUUCUUGCAUUGCAAAA